AUGUCCGAAGAAUCUUGGGUCAUUACGAGCACGAAGCGGAAAGCCAAGUCAGUCACUCCUGCACCACGAAAGCGCCCGCGAUGCCAUGACAUUGAGACAAUAGGCAUCAGGAAUACAACUAGCCAGCAGACACUUACCCAAGUGCAGUGGGUGACUCCGGUCUCAACUAGUUUCGAGCAAGAUGAUUCACUUCAAGAGAUGCCACUAGCACGCACUGCACGUGCAAGGAAGCCCAAGAAACGCAAUUCCACAUUGACGCAGAUGGACUUUUUCAGCUUCCCACCUCCCGACCAUGAUGAUUUUGACGAUGAAAUGAUGCUCCCGAAUCAGCAACACGAACUCACUCUCCCGCAAUUCGACGGUCCUUACGAAAGCCCGAGACGUCCGAGGAAACGCAAGCCACACCAACCCACUACUACACGGUCAGCGAAACGGAAGAGCACCGCACCUACAUUACAUAGUCAAGAGUACAUACCGAGUAGGAAGAGGGGAAACCAGCCUGGAGUGGAAAAUGGACAAUCUGUGACACCGAGACGAGUUUCGAGCAGGAUUGCCUCCAAGCAGGGACUGCCAUCAGAUGCGGCUGAAAACCUAGAGUACUUUCAACGGGCUCUGGGUGUCCCAGAAGACUCCCGUAAGGAUCCAAUUAUCCGGACAACACCAUGUUCACUUGAGAUAAAAGAAUCAGUCGACGAAGGAGAAGUUAUCACCAACGACACCAAAACUGGUCAAACUCAGGCUUUACGGACGCCGAAGAAGUCUAGAACCGUCAUUCUAUCAAGCCAGUCGCCAGAGAGCCUACCACCAAGUACGCGAAGAAGUACAACAAACACCUCUUCCAUCAUCGGUAGGCAGUCGUUGCGAACACCGCUGGCAGAGCGCUCAUUGAACUCUCUGCUGUCUCCAUCGAGAGGCUUGACUGGAAAGUUACUUGAUACCGCCAAACACUCCCCAGGCAAAAGAAAAGUCGUGGUUCUUAAGCUGCCCAAGCGCAAGCCAGCUCAAUCAAGCGCGCGGAUUGAUGACUCCGAGGCUGGCUUAUGGUCCAUUCCAUCUUCGUCGCCCCAACUACGACAGCCGCAGGUCGAUGACCCACAAGAAGAGCAAUCCACUACGCCCUCUUUAUCAGAGGUUGAGAAUCGAAAUAUAGAGCCAGAAAUUCCUGCCACAAGUCAAGCCCACGCGAUACUGUCGAGCCCCCCCGAUGCACUCACUCAGGACAGUCUUCCAGAUCUUGCCGACAUAGUGGGCAGAAGGGGCCCAAUUAGGGACGAAGCACAAACAAUAUCUCCCUUACAGGCAGCCAAAAUUAGCGAAGAAUCACCCACAUUAGUCCGAGAUUUCGCGAUUGCUCCGACACGCACAGGUCGAGAAACCUCCAAGUUGAAGAGUGCUAUAGAUUCAGACAUUCAAAAUGACGGGACAUUGAACGAAGGAGCUGAUGCAUCGGGAGGAGAUCUACAUGCAGACGAAGUGGUUUUUGGUUCUCCGAUUGCCAAUGAUACGCAAUUCAACAUUAACCUGGAGGACCGUAUCUGUUCUCCCUCUCGACAGUCACGGACGCCUGUAGGAUUCGCAGAAACGAGAGGGAUGACACUGUCGAAUUCUUCGCCUACACCCCGUGGCCGCUCAAGCAUUCAUUCCACGAAAAUUCAAUCCCAAGACGACGAGUUGCCACCUCAAACACCACUUCCCUAUCCCACAUUAGUGGAGUCGCCAUACAAAAGGACUCCAGAAGUACAAGGCAAUCACGAAGAAGGCAAUAAGGAAGUCAAUUUGCCGACGCCAGCUCUCAUGCACCAUUCAAGUACUGUUGUCUCAACUACAAAGGUACCACUAAAUGAUACGUUACAGCACUCUUCCUCUUCACCUCUUUGGUCUGCACGAGCCAUUACGCAGAAGUCGAUCCACCCUGCAUCGAUUCCGCAUCCUUCUCAGAUGUCAACCCAAGAAGCCACACAAGCCUCUCCAAACAUGUUCUCAUAUCCGCAACGGCAUGAAACAGACAUAACACAGAGACCGGAUCAAUUUACCAUCAAGGAUUCGAGCUCCUUUCGGGUUCCACUCAGUCAACUGCCUCAGCACGUGGGGAAGAGUCAAUCACAGUACCAUACAGGGUCAGGUAUCAAUGAAGUCUUUGAUUCCGAGGAUGAGGAAGAUCUUGAUUUGGACCCGUCCUCGCUGCCAUCUCCACCCAAGAAGACUGCGACUGGCGAUCAAGGGUCGGUGCCUCGACAAGGGAGGAUCGACACACUUGAAGAAGAUAAUUACAAUAACCAUACCGGCUCACAGAACGUAUCACAAAAGCAAGACCUUGGCGUGGCAGACACAACCCCAAUUCGGUCUUCACAGGCCAUCUCCAUUCCGUCGUCACCGAGCCCAAUUCCAUUGCAGCGGAAAUACUCCCCGAUUGUGGGCUUUAACAACGACACGCAAUCAAACUUUACACAGAAUGGUCAUGUUACCGCGGCUUACAUUCACCGACAACGUGAGGCCGGCAACAUUCCGAAGUGGUAUGUUCCUCAACCCUACCAAGUUCCAGGGUACACGAGGAGGGAGUAGUCCAGUAGUGCCUGAUGAUGUAAGAAUUCACUCUGGGGAAGGGAGAAGAGGUACCUUUGAAAGGAAACUUGUCGUAGAGAUGCACCUGGAAAGGAAACAAUAGAGAAUAAGUUCCACAGCUGUAAAUGACAUCAAUGAGCC